ACAACAUUAACACCUCACACUGCUUCACAUGUGUUGAAAGUCUAGUUCAAAGAAAUUUUUCAAACAUUAACAGAAAAAUUCCAAAUUCUUUCUCAAUAAAAUUAUUUAAAUAUUAUUAAAUAAUUUUUGUUUUAUUCUAAAUAAAAUUUUUAUUUAAUCUUUUGAAUUUUCAUUAUUUUCCUUGACUACUGAGCUGAAAAUUCUGCAGAUGACGACUUCUUUACAAAAAAUUAAAUAAAACAUAAAAGUAAUAAAGGGAAUAAAAAACAUUAAUGUAAAAUACUAGAGAAAUGUAUAACAAAACGCAAAAAAAGACGGAGCACUAAUUUUUUGUCUGCAAGGGUGUAGAAGAAUAAAAAGUGGUAUGAAAAGUGGCUAUUAAUGUGAAUUCGUUAUUUUCGUGAAAUGUGACCAGUAUCUUUUAUGUUCAAUUAAUCAGUAAUUCUUUGUGAUAUGGAUCGUGUCCAAUGUCAUUUUAACUAAAAGGAUUUGGACUGACUUGAAAUGAUGAUACGACUAAACUUGAUGCUUUUAUGUUCUUUUAUGGUUCAUGGAAAGAUUGGUUAUUUCUGGCAUAUUACCGAUUUCCAUUAUGAUCCAAAAUAUUCGUCUGAAAGCAGCACCGGGAAUACAUGUUGGAACACGAGAACAAGAGUUGAAGAUGGACGAAUCAAACCAGACCGCAAAGUAGCUGGAAUAUUUGGCAACUAUAGUUGUGAUUCGCCUUGGGCUUUGAUUGAGUCUGCUGUACGAGCCAUGAAAUCGAAACAGGAUGAGGGUGUCGAGUUCGUCUUGUGGACAGGGGACGCGUUAACUCAUGCUGCAGAAAUGAGUGAAGAACUACGACUACAAUCUUUGAAGAAUCUCACAGAUUUAUUGUCCCAUACAUUUAGUACACAAUUUGUAUUCCCAGCAUUGGGACAUGAGGAUGUUGGAUUGAACUUCAGCCAGACCGCAAUUCUCUGGAAACACUGGCUCCCAAGCGAAGCUCUUCAAACCUUUGAAAAAUCUGGUUUCUACGUAUUCGAACAAAAGUCUAAGAAAUAUCGAAUAAUUUUGCUGAAUACAAAUCUCUGGUUAGACACGGAUUCAAGUGUAGACAGUCGCAUUCACCAACAUCAAUACCAUCAACAACAGAGGAUAAAUGGAGGUAGUACGACAAGGAAUUCAAGUGACCCACACAAUCAAUGGCGGUGGUUUGAAUCUAUCUUACGAAUAGCCAGAGAAAAAUCAGAAACUGUAUACGUCGUUGGUCACACACCACCUGGUGUCGAUGAAAGAGCGACUGGAGCUUUACCUUUGAAAGAACAACACAAUCGAAAGUACCUUCAACUUAUUCGACAAAAUGCAGAUAUCAUUGCAGGCCAAUUUUUUGGCCAUUGGCAUUCUGACACUUUUCGUACGAUUUAUAGUGAAAUGGGAGUACCUAUUUCAUGGAUUAUGAUGGCUCCUAGCAUUACACCUGGUCGUCCAAAUGGUCCAAACAAUCCAGGACUUCGACGCUAUAAAUUUGAAACAAGCACAGGACAAAUUUUAGAUUAUACUCAGUACUAUCUUGAUCUACCAAAAGCUAAUUCAAUUGGCCGUGCAAACUGGGUUGUUGAAUAUUCUCUGUUAGACUAUUAUGAAUUGAAGGAAAUUAAUGCACGAAGUCUACAUGAUCUUGCCCAUCGCUUCACUCAAGCUAAUGAUGAUACAUUUGUUAGAUAUUAUGCUGCCAACACAGUAUCACUACCACGAGAAAUAGAAGAAAUUUGGGGCUGUGGCGGUGCUGAUGAUGGUGCUUGUAUACUCCAACACUAUUGUGCUAUAACUCGUGUCAAUCCCGACUCCUAUAGUAAUUGUCUUUCAUCCUAUGCAUACGCCUUGGCAACAGCUUGUUCUCCAACUUUACCUCUCUACAUAGUACUCCAUGUCGUUACUACAUUUGGAUGUUUACUUCGCAAUCGAUAGACUUGAAGGAUCAAGUCAUUAAAUUUUAAACAACCUUAGUGACAUUCUGAGCUGAAGAGGAUGUUGAAGAUUGACAGAGAACAUAAGUUCAACUUUUUUUUUCUUACUUUUUACUACUAUUUUUAAGUUCAAAUGCUAUCGAAAUACUUCUUUCAGCUGAAUUUUCUGAAAAUCCAUUCUAUGAAUUAAUGAUAACAUAAAAUUUCAAAAGCUUUUGACGAACUUAUCU